AUGGAGAGACGCUACUCAGAUCAUUACCGUCCGCGGUACGGCGACGCGGAGCAAGGAAGGCAAAAUGCCGAGAGAGACAACCGCUACGCAGCUGCCCUUGCCAACCUCCCGGCGCAAGCGCAAUACCAACCAGCGUCGCCUCUACCUCAGCAGUUCGCUCCAUACAGUCCAUUUCCUAACUACCCAGGAUACACCCAGGUAUUCGGUCAAGGUUAUGAACAAGGUGCCCGCGACACUGCGCGUUAUCAGUUUCCUCCGCCCCCUCAGCCGUCUCUACCGCUGCGCGACUACCCGGACUACGACCGAGCGCCAUACAAGCACGACACUCGCGACCCUUCUCGCCGCAUGAAAGACGAGCCAUACCGUGAUCGCCGCUCAAUGCCACCUCCUGGCUCUCGUCAUGGCACCUGGCUUCCUACCGACCCGGGUCACGAUCGACUCCACUUUCGCGGUCCGCGUCGCAUGAGCCACUAUGAAGAGAGAACGCGGGACAAUUUCUGCUCACCUCCGCGCUCUCACACGAUUGGUCGUCCGCUGCGUGACAGAACUCGAUCUCCACCUCGCGGUUUUCGAGCCGAUACGGAGGUUUCUUUCCUAGGAGCUGCUAGGCGCAACCAGAAGACAGUCGCAAGAUCUAAAGAGAAGAGUCAAGACGCUAUAGCGCGGGACAAGGCUCGCACCGCAAAGGAACACGCCAUGGCCAUGGGUAAACAGAAGCCGGCAAGAGAGCGCAAGUCGACUUUGUGGAGAGAAAUUGCUGAGCCUUGGGCCAAGGGUUUGAAUCUUUGCUAUUUGCACUUUCGCACGAAAGUUGGCUGUCGCGGAAGAAGCAAAGAAUGCCCUAAGAUCCACAGUAUCAGGUACCUCACGCCGGAGGAACAACAGCGCAUCCCCGAAGCCGAAAAGAAACUCAUGCUCGCGCAAGUCAAGGCCAGGAUUGAAGCCGAAAACAAGAAUGCCAAAAUCAAGAAGGAAAGGGAAGAGAUUGAAAAGACUUUUUCUCAAGCUGCCAACGGACAACACGACGGUGGCCGUGCAACUGAUGGAGAAUGCCUUCAGACCAUGGACGAGGCAAUGAACAACCCGAAAGAAGCCUGGAAGACAGUGGUUCAAACAUGUCUGACUUACGACAAGGCUUUCUUCCGAGAGUGCGCGGAGGAGCAUGCGGAAUAUGCGGCGCUUCAAGCGGCUCGUCAAGCUCAGUUAGAAGCCGAACUUGCGGCUUACGUCGCGCAACCCUACGUGCCGGAGCAACAGCCGCAGGUAUUGCUAUCUGUUUAUUACCUCUACGGCUAUUCGCCUUACCAACAACUUGUGCCGCAGCAGCAGCAGUAUGAGCAGCAGCAGCCGCUGCCGUACGAGCAUCACCGCGGCCACACUGGCCAGUACCAGCCCCAACAGCAGCAGCAGCAGCAGCCAUACGGCCAGCAUGGCGGUCAUGCUCAACGACAGCAUCCUUACGAACAACACCGCGGCAAUGUUCCAUAA